AGCGGAGCCAGAGUCGAGACCAGAGGCCGAACUCGGGAUCUGACAAGAUGGCCGGGCUGCCCCGCAGGAUUAUCAAGGAAACCCAGCGUUUGCUGGCAGAACCAGUUCCUGGCAUUAAAGCAGAACCAGAUGAGAGCAACGCCCAUUAUUUUCAUGUGGUCAUUGCUGGCCCUCAGGAUUCCCCCUUUGAGGGAGGGACUUUUAAGCUUGAACUAUUCCUACCAGAAGAAUACCCGAUGGCAGCCCCUAAAGUACGUUUCAUGACCAAAAUUUAUCAUGCUAAUGUAGACAAGUUGGGAAGAAUAUGUUUAGAUAUUUUGAAAGAUAAGUGGUCCCCAGCACUGCAGAUCCGCACAGUUCUGCUAUCGAUCCAGGCUUUGUUAAGUGCUCCCAAUCCGGAUGAUCCGUUAGCAAACGAUGUAGCAGAGCAGUGGAAGACCAACGAGACCCAAGCCAUAGAAACAGCUAGAGCAUGGACUAGGCUAUAUGCCAUGAAUAAUAUUUAAAAUCGAUCUGAUCAUCAAGUGUGCAUCACUUAUCCUGUUCUGCCAAGACUUCUUCCUUUUUUGUUUGCAUUUAAUGGACACAGUCUUCGAAACAUUACAGAAUAAAAGCCCAGACAU